CAAGUCUCUCCAGUCUAGUCUAAUGUCAGCGUACGGCCAAUAGCGCUCGUAGUGACGCUGCAGUAGGUUGGCCCUUCGCUUGCAUUCAUAAACGGAUAUUAUAGCUAAGCGUUGAAUGUACUAGCUACAGAUACAGUCAAGUCGGACCAUGGCGGAAGAAGAGGACACGAGAAUACGGAUUUUACAAAGCCUGCGGGGAAAGAUAUGUGAAGGCAAGAACCUGGGUCCGUGUUCGGGGCCCAACCGACAGCGGGACCUCUGCACCUUCUGCACCAUCAGCCUGGACCAGGAGGAGGUAUUCCGGACCAAGGUGUUUGACAAGAGUCUCAGCCCUUUCUACGGUGAGGACUUCUACUUUGAGAUCCCACGACCAUUUCAGUGUUUGUCCUUCUACGUAUUCGCCAAGGGUGUUUUUCAAAGGGACCUGCCUGUCGGGAAAGUGUCCAUCCGGAAGGAGGAACUGUGUAAAUUCAGUGGGAAGGAGCACUGGUUCGGCCUGCAGCCCGUGGACCCUAACUCUGAAGUCCAGGGAAAGGUCCACCUGGAGAUGCGUCUGAAUGAACUGAUUAUAGAGAAUGGCUCCAUGUGCCAGCAGCUACUGGUCCGGAUAAUAGAAUGCCAGGGCUUGCCUCUGAUCAGUGGACAGAACUGUGACCCGUAUGCCACUGUCUCGCUCGUUGGGCCUGCCAGGUCUGACCAGAAGAAAACAAAGGUGAAAAAGAAGACCAGCGACCCUCAGUUUGAGGAAACCUUUAACUUUGAGGUCACAAGGCCCAACAGUUACACAAAAAAGUCUAAUUUCCAAGUAGAGGAGGAGGACAUUGAAAAGCUGGAGAUCAAAGUUGACUUGUGGAACAAUGGGAAUUUGGCGCAGGAUGUCUUCCUUGGGGAGACACGGGUAUCUGUCAAGAUCCUGCGAAAUGACCACAUUCACAGGGCCUGGUAUCUCCUCCAGCCUAAAGGGAACGGGAAGUCCAAGACAGACGACCUGGGCUCUCUGAGGCUCAACGUAACCUACACCGAGGACAAUGUGCUGCCAUCCGCCUGCUACACACCGCUCCGCACGCUGCUGCUCAAAUCCCCAGACAUUAAGCCCAUCUCGGCGUCAGCGGCCCACAUUCUGGGGGACAUCUGCAGGGAGAGGUAUGAGGCGGUGCUGCCCGUGGUCCGCCUGCUGCUCCACCACAGCCGCCUGGUGCCCUUCGUCUCCGCCAUCACUGUCCUGGAACUGGAGAACACUCAGGAGGCCAACACCAUUUUCCGUGGCAACUCCCUGGCAACGCGCUGCAUCGACGACAUGAUGAAGAUUGUAGGGCGGAGCUACCUGACGGUCACCCUGAAGCCUGUAUUGGAUGAGAUUUGUGAAUCCAACAAAACCUGUGAGAUUGACCCGAUCAAACUGAAAGAAGGAGACAACGUUGAGGUCAACAAGGAGAACCUGCAGGGGUACGUUCAGAAGGUGUUCUCGUCCAUCACCCAGUCCAGCUCUAGCUGUCCCCCGCUCAUGUGUGACGUGUUCCGCUCGCUGCGUCACAUGGCCUCCAAGCGGUUCCCAGAUGAUCCUCACGUCCAGUAUUCGGCAGUCAGCAGCUUCGUGUUCCUGCGCUUCUUCGCCGUCGCCGUUCUCUCACCACACACUUUCCAGCUCCGCCCACACCAUCCUGACCUUGAGGUAUCCCGAACACUCACUCUCAUCUCCAAGACCAUCCAGACUCUGGGAAGCUGGGGGAGCCUGUCCAAAAACAAACUGUCUAGUUUUAAAGAAUCCUACAUGUAUGAUUUCUUCAAAUCAUUCCAAGAAGACAAAUGUAUUGAAAAAGUAAAAAAGUUCCUAGAUGAGAUCUCCUCCAACAUCAGUAAGGAGUCCAGCGGGGUGGAAGACUCUGUGGUUCUCAAAGAGGGGGAGAUACAGAAGCGGGCCCAGGGAAGGAAACGCAUCGGCAAGAGGAACUUUAAGAAGAGGUGGCUCAGAGUGACCAACAGGGAGCUCUCCUACCACAAGCACAGAGGGAAAGAAGCACUCUGCAUUAUCCCAGUGAAGAAUAUCCGGGCUGUGGAGAAACUGUACGAAAGUGCCUUCAACCGCAAAAAUAUGUUCCAGGUGCUCCACAGUGAGAAGCCACUGUACGUGCAGGCAGGGAAUUGCGUGGAGGCCAGUGAGUGGGUGGAGGUGCUGAGCCAAGUGAGCCGCUGUAACCCGGACCGCCUGGGCACCUUCCACCCCUCGGCCUACGUGGCGGGGGCCUGGCUCUGCUGCAGGAGCCUGAGCGACAGCCAGCCGGGCUGCAAGCCCUGCACACCUACCUUGUUGGCUAACCUGCAGCUGGACAUCGACUGUGACCGCGAGACGGAGAGAAUCUUCUCCCUCCUCACCUCCAGCUACUCCAAGCUGCAGAAGAUGGAAGAUGCAUGUGCCAGCAUCGCUGUGUACCAGGGACCUCCGAGGGAGCAGGACGACUACUCCCUGUUCACCAUCCAGGACCCCAAGGAGACAUUCCACACAGUGCGGCAGAUCACACACAUUCUGGAGGAGCUGCAGAGAGAGCACGACACUCGCAGCGGCACCGCGCAGUACGGCAGCCAAGAGAAUCCGAUAGUUGGGAAGACAUCCUAACCAGUCUAGGUGGGUCUGUCUGGCCUGAGUUCAACACUGGAGCCCCAGGGUGGCACCGUUGGGAUUGGCACUGAGGACGCUGCCUGCCUCCGCGAAUACCAAGAACGCAUUACCCCCAAGGUCGUGCUCUGCCCCCCCUUCCCAUCGUCCAAUAGAUGAAGUUAGAAUUGUCACCUGACCCUGACCAGAAGCUCUCAUUGGUUCAGAAGAGGAGACCCUUAGUCGUUUAAAAAGAAAUCUCUUUCCCCGUCUGUCUCCAUCCCUCUCGUUCUCACACACCACUGCCCUAAUCAGAGGAGUUAUGUGCUUGCUCUCGUCUUCUACUUGAUUUGCACAACAAAACUCAAUCAUUUCAUUGAAACCUCCCCUUUUUCUACAGUUCGGUGAAGACCAGACAACAUCAUCAUUAGUUGGUGUGUGUGUGUGUGUGUGUGUGUGAAUAGGCUGCUAAAAUGAUCCCUUUUAUACACUCAAUGUUUUCGAUCGUCAACCAUCAAGAUGAAGCUCUCAAUCUCUUGGGGCUUCACUGUUUGACGUCCGUUUACGACUAAACAGCAAGCUGAUUUUGUUUAUCUAAUUUUCUAUGAAAGGGAAUUUUUCUCUCCUUCCUCCUCCUCUACCCACCUCUAUAUUUUGUGCUUUGAACAAAUGCAGGUGUUUCAGAGUACAGUUAAGUGGAUGAAACCGAUAUGCCUUAUUUUUCUUAAUGGAUGUAUGUGUAAAAGUCUCUCUUGCGUCCUCGGGUUAGGGAAUAAUGCCCAAGCACUUUACAUAUUUGGAAUAUUCCAGAUGUCAUCAUUUUAGAUACGUGGUAUCAGUAUACCCCCCACAUUGAUCAGUUAAAUGAUCUCGUUUACGUUCUCGUUUCCAUUCCUGUACGAUAACGUUUAUAGCCUGUAGAUUUUAAUAGCUAUUUUUCUUACACCAAAGAUGAACAUUUCGUAGGAUCGACUUGAAAAAAAGGGUAUAAAUGUAUUUUGAAUACAGACUUUUUGAAAAUGGAGAGAAAUGCAGGAUAUAUUUAGUUCAUGUACAUUUUGGUAAAUGCAUUGUUCCUCUUUUUAACGAUGUAGACGAUUUGAUUGAGUAACAUUCUAAUGUUCUCUGGAAAUGCAGAGGUACCGUGGUCGGUAGUCUAGAAAUGUCUGUGACAACCGCUUCACCAUGUAGGGAUGUCACUUCAUAUCAAUCACCAUAAAUGACAGCAAGAUAGACAAUCCCCUUCACUUGCCAAUCUAGCCCCUUAGAUAGUCAUCACUGCAUCACUAGCCCACAUUAACUAGUAGUCAAGAUCAGGGAUGGUAGACGAGUUUCCCACUAGUACACUGAACAAAAACAUAAAUGCAAGAUGCAACAAUUUCAAAGAUUUUACUGAGUUACAGUUCAUAUAAGGAAAUCAGUCAAUUGAAAUGAAUUCAUUAGGCCCUAAUCUAUGGAUUUCACAUGACUGGGAAUACAAAUAUGCAUCUGUUGGUCCCAGAUACCUUUUAAAAAAAGAAGGUAGUUGCGUGGAUCAGAAAACCAGUCAGUAUCUGGUGGGACCACCAUUUGCCUCAUGCAGUGCGACAAUUCUCCUUCACAUAGAGUUUAUCAGGCUGUUGAUCGUGGAAUGUUGCCCCACUCCUCUUUAAUGGCUGUGCAAAGUUUCUGGAUAUUGGCGGGAACUGGAACACACUGUUGUACAUGUCAAUCCAGAGCAUCGCAAACGUGCUCAAUGAGUAUGCAGGCCAUGGAAGAACUGGGACAUUUUCAGCUUCCAGGUAGUGUGAGCAGAUCCUUGCGACAUGGGGCCGUGCAUUAUGAUGCUGAAACAUAAGGUGAUGGCAGCGGAUGAUUUGCACGACAAUGGGCCUCAGGAUUUCGUCACAGUACCUCUUGCAUUUUAUCGAUGGGAAUUUUAAUGCAUUGUGUUCGUUGUCCGUAGCUUAUGCCUGCCCAUACCAAAACCCCCCCGCCACCUGUGGCACACAUUUAUAUCAGCAAACCACUCACCCACAUGACACCAUACACAUGGUCUACCAUCUUCCCAGUACAGUUGAAAAGCAGGAUUCAAUCCAUGAAAAGCACACUUAUCCAGCGUGCCAGUGGCCAUCGAAGAUGAACAUUUGCCCACAAUUUGAUGUCAAACUGCAGUCAAGUCAAGACCCUGUUGAGAAUGAAGAGCACGCAGAUGAGCUUCCAUGAGAUGAUUUCUGAGUUUGUGCAGAAAGUCUUAGUUGUGCAAACCCACUGUUUCAUCAACUCUCUGGGUGUCUUGUCUCAGACCAUCCCGCAGGUGAAGAAGCCGGAUGUGGAGGUCCUGAGCUUGCGUGGUUACACGUGGUCUGCGGUUGUGAGGCCGAUUGGAUGUACUGCCAAAUUCUCGAAAACAACAAUCUGGUAGAAAAAUUAACAUUAAAUUCUCUGGCAACAGCUCUAGGGGUCAUUCCUGCAGUCAGCAUGCAGAUUGCAUGCUCUGUGGCAUUGUGUUGUGUGAUAAAACUGCACAUUUUAGAGUGUCUUUUUGUCCCCAGCACAAAGUGCACCUGUGUAAUGAUCAUGCUGUUUAAUCCGCUUCUUGAAAUGCCACACCUGUCAGGUGAAUGGAUUAUCUUGGCAAAGGAGAAACACUCACUAACAGGGAUGUAAAGAAAAGUAUAAACAACAUUUUAGAGAAGCUUUUUGUGCAUAUGGGAAAUAUCUGGGAUCUUUUAUUUCAGCUCAUGAAACAUGGGACCAAUACUUUACAUGUUGCGUUUAUAUUUUUGUUCAGUGUAAUUACGAGUUGGAGGGGCGUUCAAGUGGGGUUUUUUCCCCCCAGUCGUAUGUGGUAAAUGUCAAAUCAAAGUUUUUAUUUGUCGCACACACAGAUUCGCAGAUGUUAAAGCAGGUCCAGUGAAAUGCUUAUAAAGGAUGCAGGUCAGGGAAGUCUAAUUUCUGGUGAGUGACCACCGAUCUAAUGUCCCAAAGUUGUUUUUGGUUGUAGGAAAUAAUAGUACCUAAUUCUACCACCUUCCCACUUGGUUAUGAACACAGCAUUAAUCCACAUAGUCGCACCGUUCUUUAUAUUUUAUCAGUCAACCCGUAGGAACGACAGUGUGUAAACAGAUGCCUAGAAACUUGAACUUGGAUCAACAACAAGAAGGGAACGUGUAUCACCGUUAGUACAGGGUUAACCAUGUUUCAGAUAUAUUUUUGUUUGGCUUGUGGAACUAUUUGCUGUCAGAAGUUUUGUCUUUGGUCCGUCAUAUAUUCCCAACAUGCAUGUCUUGUAUAUUUAACUGUAUAUAUUUUUUUGAGUACAUUUUGUAUGUAUGUUUUUUUUUUUAACACUGCAAAAGAAUCUGUGUUGGUGUGUUACUGCACCUUGUUCUUUGUCUUCAGUGGUACUAGGAAGCUGGCUGCUUUUCAUGUCACAGAGAGUAAUGUAUGGUAGCUUGCUGCAGAGUCUAUAGCUUAUGCAACGUUACAGAAUUUAACGUUGUCUGGAACACCAGGGUCGUGUUCAUUACAGCACACAGCGGAAAACUUUUUGAAACUUUUUGCAAUGGAUAAAGAAAAUGAGCAUCUACCUGUUUGUCUGUUUUCUUGCGUUUGGUGCCUAAUGAACACAACCCAGGUUAGAUCCCACCUGACUUUGUUUGUCAGCGGUGUUGCUGAAGGCUCUUGGCCUCAUGGUUCUUGUCCUUAGUCAGCCUAUUCUAAUGUGUAGGUAAAGAUGUCAUGAUUGAGCUUGUUGGUGAAAGAAAACAAAUGAACCAAUCUCAAACGGUUUUCAAUCAUAAGGGAAUUUUCAAUCACCGCAUCAUCUCCUCACCUUACCUUUGACAGUCAGACAUUUUAUCCUGAUGUAUCUUUAAUGUUGUCGGAACCUUUUUUUAGAGCCAUGAGAAACAGGCCUUUACUAACCCCCCCACCCAAGGGAACAAGGAUUAUCAGAAACAUGUCUUACAUUGUUGUGUGUGUGUGUGUGUAGCCCAUUUAACAAUUCAACAAAACAUGGGAAGUCGAGUGAUGGUUAACAGUCAAUCCCUCGACAGGCCUUCAUGUGAACAGUAUCUGUGAAUUCAUCGCCAUGACAUAAUCAGCAGUCUUUUGAAUGUUAAAUUCAAUCAUUGCAAAGAGAAUCGGUUAUUUUCAUAUUUCACCCCUGUAAACCUACAGGAAUGGAGUACAUAUUUUUGUUAUUUAAUUAUUAUAAUUUUUGCCACAACCAGAAAGUCAAAUCAUGUCUCCUGUUUUUUUUAUUUGUUCAUUUGAAAUAAUUGACAAUAAACAUGUUGCCAACCCUUUCA